AUACUUGCUGAGAGAGAUUGAGCGUUUCUACAAUGGAAAUGGGCCUACCUUAGUGGCCAGAAACGAACGCGGAAAACUUCAGAUAUCGCCUGGCGUGGCACUGCAUCUGUACAUAAGCCAAACGCCAUGUGGUGACGCAUCGAUCUUCAAGACCGCUGCACAGAGCGAAAUGUCUGAUGAUGAAGGAGAGACGCGACAGACAACAUACGAUACUCAACGCACAGGCGCCAAGUGUGUGGCUGGCGGACCCCAAGACACG